AUGGCUUGCUGUGUUUUACAGAUCACUGGCCUAAUACUCGGAGGUGUCGGCAUGAUGGGGACUUUGGCAGCAACAGUUAUGCCACAGUGGAGAGUUUCUGCCUACAUUGAUGGCAACAUCGUCAUGUUUGAGACCAUCUGGGAAGGCCUGUGGAUGGACUGCAUCAGUCAGCUGGGCAUCAGGCUACAGUGCAAGUUCUAUGACUCUGUCCUGGCUCUCCCCCCACCCUUGGAGGCAUUCAGAGCUCUCAUGUGCAUUGCUGUGGUCCUGUCAAUCAUUUCCUUUUUGAUGGCCAUUGUUGGUGUGAAGUACACUCAAAGGACCAAGGAGGAUCCCCAGGGAGCCAGUAUCUUCAUACUGGCAGCUGGAGUUGCAUUUCUCCUGACAGGAAUCCUUGUUCUGAUCCCUGUAUCCUGGACUGGAGGGAGCAUUAUUCGUGACUUCUAUGAUCCAGAAGUCCCUGUGCCACUGAAACGAGAACUAGGAGCUGCUCUAUAUGUGGGCUGGAUGAGCACUGCCCUCCUCAUCGCUGCCGGAGCAAUGUACUGUCACUUCUGGUGCUGGGCUGAUACAUCCUCAAAAUCCAGGUAUCCAUUGCUUUCCCGGCACAGGCUGCACAAACCUGACAGUGCCAGAGGGCCCUGCCUAGGCAUACAUGCCUAUGUGUAG